AUGAGCACACGGGAUCGAUUCCUCUCUUCUCUUUCCACUGCUCAAGACGACUUCUUCAAGGCGGUCAACCAACAUAUCGCUGCUGCCCGGAGUGGUGGUAACCCCGACUCUUCUGCACAAGGCAGCGGAAGUAACGCUCCCACCCCCGCCGCCGCCGCCGCUUCUUCUUCUUCCUCCACUCACCCCGGAUCAACUGCACCCCUGCCGACGUAUGCACCUCAACCCUCCUCUGGCGCGCCUCGUGUUCCAGAAGCCGUACUGAGGGCACCUCCAGGACAGGCUCAACAAGCCAUCGACUCCAAUCCUCGCUCUAGGCUGGAGAAUCCUCAUCUGCCAGAGCAGGAGCGUCGUAGAGCGGCAGAGCAGAUGCGCAAGGAGCAGGAGAUGCUCCAUCGUACCGCCACCCAGCACUCCCAGCAGCAGCAGCAAUCGCAACCAUCACAGCUCAGACCGUUGCCAGGUGCCGGAGGCGCAGCUCUGCGGGCGCAAAAGGAGCUGGCUAGAGGUCUGAAGCGAACCCACUCUUAUGCAGCCAACAAUGGUAAAGUGGUGGUGGAUCUCUUCACCCAGCCUCAGCGCAGUCCCACCUUCAUGGGCGGGUCUGCAGAAAGAGGCAGGGGUGCAAUGAAUGGACAAGUCGUCGUCUUUGCCAAUGAUGGAGAUCGAGUAGGAGCUGUACGCCUAAAGAUCAAGGCCGUCUCCACCAUUUCGGUGCCUCGCUCCUAUCUUCCACCUUCAGAAGAUCCCAACAAGAGAUCAGCCGGCGCAAUGCCCUCCAAUACACCCGUCAACCUCGUCGGACGUUCUCCCCGGUCAGAACCAACGCAGAAUCGAGAGCAUCUCAUCUUGCAGCUUGAGCGCGUCCUUUGGAACCCCGAAGCGGCAGAUCAAAGUAUGGUUCUCCGGUCCACUGAUACAGCCAAUGGGCCGCCCAAAGAGCCGGAUCCUACAAUUUGGAAGGCUGGACGUCAUGCUUUUCCCUUCAAGAUUGACUUGCCUUCAAAGUCCCAGGAUGGGACAGACUUGCCGCCCUCCUUUGUCUUUUUGGCAGAUGCAAGAGCCAAUGGUCCCGCUACACAGGCCUCUGUCAAUACUGGCGGCCAGCUAGGUGGCCAUCUCUUGGCGGCAAAGAAGUGGCUCGCAGAGGCGGCAGUCGGCGGGCUCAGGGACGGCGAGUGGGCGAGCAUAAAGUGGUACGUCAAAGUGACCGUAGAAAGACCUGGAUUUCUCAAGAGCAACGAUCGCGUCUUUGUACCAUUCGUCUACUUGCCGUCUCCACCUGCCAAGCUGCCCAGUACGGUCUUGCCGAAUCGAUUGAGAUUGAGUGCUCAGGCCAGGCAAGAUCCUCUCACCCCUGGUGCGAAGAUGGUGGAACCCAUUGCGACGUGGGGCCGCUCACAGCUCGAUUUGGAUCCAGCGGCUAAGAACAUCAAGGGCGCAAAAGCCAAGCAGGCCGCCGUUGCAUCAUCGAGCGAGAAGAGCAAUGGCUCGUCGUUGUUCUCCCGCAUGUUCAAGACUCCCAUCGUAGCCAAUGGCACAAAGGUUGAGCCUGGGCAACCAGCAUGGAGCAUUGCGAUGCCCAAUGAACCGUCGAUUUGGCCGCUUCGGAGCACGAUUCCCUUUGAGAUACGUCUGGACAACGCUUCGCCGUCAUCAAUGCAGCAGCCAAUCCAACCGCCGAGCGUCGGCCUUUUUCUACGGGUAACUCUAAUCAAUCCCUCAAAGUCCUUCCUCGGAGGCAAAAACAUACCUUCUUCGGCCAUCGAGACUCGGCUCAUCUCUGUCGCCAAGGUCUUUACCGACCCUAAUGCCGCCGCCGGAAGGGGAAACACGUUAGUCUGGCGAGGUCUACUAGAUCUACCUCCUCAGGCUUCCCCCUGCUUCGACUCCCUCCUGACCCAGGCAGAAUACUUUGUCGCUGUAGAGGGUCCUACCACCAGCGGGAACAGCGCCGCGGCGCGUCUAGGCGGUAUGGGUGGGUCAGGCAGGCUGAUCUGGGCACAGACGAUCAUACUGGUCUGCCCACUACCUCUGGCGGUCAAGCCUGUUCGACCAGUGAAAGGCUCAACGAGGGCUCGGCGUGCUAUUCAGCGAAGGGCGAGGCCGAGACCGAGUAGGGGUCCGAGCCCUACAGGUUUUGUGGCUGGUGCGCCCCCGGCACGCUACGUCAGCGAGAAGGAGAAGUACUCUGGACGCCCCGGUCCCCAUGAGCAGCAGGAGGUACAGCCCGGCAGCGGUGGGAGCGGCAGCGAUGAUGGCCUCGGUGGACCCACGGGUGCACUACCACCUCAAGCCUCGACAGGUCGACCCCUGCGACCUUCUGCAAGCCGUAGGACCUCUUCUCAUGCCACUGCGGCUGGCAAAUCAAGACAGUUCAGCUCCACCUCCAACUCCAAGGAGGAACACAGAGCGCAGGCAAUUGCUAGCGCCCACGCGUUGGGCUAUCCCGAAAGUCCAGGAGAGACCACUGUUGUAGGAAGGAAAAGCCGGACAGGAGAGCCGAGGCAACUACCGCCUAAUGGCUCACGUCGCUCCAGUGCAGCGCCGAGUAUCACGUCUUCUUCUGGCCACUCCUCUUCGCAGCAUGCAGCUGCAGCUGCAGCUGCAGGAGGCAGUAGAAGACCCUCGGCUACUGCUUUGGGAAUGACGCCUAAUGCUGUCACGGCCAGUGGGUCGGGUAGUGGUAAUGGCGGGCCCGGCUACGCAUACGGAGCCAGUGGCAGUGCCUUUAUGCCCUUUGACGCCUCUCCUUUCCGCAACGAGAAGAGAGACGAGAAGCGAGCAAGCGCCUCUGCCGUUCCUUAUGACGGAGGAGGAGGAGGAGGAGGGAGUGGUGGCUAUCGCGAGAAGCUUGGAGGACCUCGGCGUGGUUCUUACCCUCCUGAAGAACUCUUUGCGCGACCGAGACGGACGGAUAGUCCUGUUGGGAUGCCUGCUGCUACAGCUCCUCCUCGACGAAAUCGAGCGCCGAGCGAGAGAGGGUGGGAGGAGCGAGACCGAGACCGAGACCGAGACCGGGAACGAGAGCGUGAUCGAAAGAGGGAGCAAGAAAGGGAGGGUCUCUCUCUCUCACGGCCCACUUCUCCACGAGCAGACCCAUCCCCUCCUCUCCCUCACGGCGCUGCCGCUGCUCCUCGACCGACGCGAGGCACAAUGGGCUCACGACGCUCCUCCGCACGGGUACCAUCGCGACCUGUCUCCCCUACCUCUCCCUCUCCACCGCCACCGCCACCUCAUGGUCAUGCGAUGCUCCCACCGCCGCCCCAACACCACUCGCGCCCCCCUGCUGUUACGCAAUCGCACACGCACACGCACACCUCUGCACGUCCGUCGAGACGCGGGUACACUUCCAGUAGCACUACCGCUGCUGCAGGAGUGGGAACGGGAACGGGAACCGGAGCGGGAAUGGAAGGUACUCCAUCAGCCUCGCGCACUUCUUCCUUCCGAUCUAGGACAGAGAGGUCAGCCUCAGCCUCAGCCUCAACGAGGGGUACAGGUACAGUCGCGGCUGGCCCUGCUCAUGUUCCUUCGUCACGCAGAACGGGCACGGGCACAGGCAUGGGGAGAAGUGCUCGUCGCGCCCGUGCUCCGUCCGAGUCCUCCCUCUCUCCCUCUGAAGGCGAAGAUGAGCGGCAGCAGCAGGUUGGGCGCGGUAGCGAAGUGGACUACUCUUCGGAGGGGGAGGGGGAGGCAGAGGAAGAGGAGCCAGAGGUAGACGACGAGGCCUGGGACUUCGAUGCUGCUUCUCGUGCGGCGCUUGGUGAGGACGGAGAAAUCUUUGCAGAUGAUUUGGAUGGAGAGGGAUUGGAUGGAGGAAUGGAUUUGCCGCCGAGUUAUUUUGAGGCUACUGGGAUGCGGGAUGAGGAUUGA